AUGAAAGAUAAAAGAGGAAGGCUUGCUUCUUACAAUAAAACUCCAGAUAAACUUGUACAGAAAGUUGAGAAGCACAUUGAGAGCUUUCCGACUAUGGAAUCACACUAUUGUCGGAAAAGUUCAAAUAGGUUAUAUUUGGAUCCCAAUUUGUCAAUCAGCAAAAUGUUUAAGCUUUAUGUGGAACAGUACAAAAGUCGAGAAAAAGCUCAUAUGGACCAGUGUGAAAUGACCAGUUGUGACAAGUACAAGACCAAAACUAUUAAUAAAGAAGAUUAUAAGCAACAUCUACAAAGAAGGGACGAAGCAGUCAAGGCAAAAAAAUCUGACAAACUUCGAUCAGCUGAAGAAAAAACAUUUUAA